AUGGAAAGCUUCUACAGCGCAGCGUUGAUUUUGGCCUUUGCAUUUGCACUUGUGGAUGUUGGCUGUGCACAAGAGACUCUAGUUCCUGCUAUCAUGACAUUUGGUGACUCAGCUGUGGAUGUUGGCAACAACGACUAUCUUCCGACGAUAUUCAAGGCUAAUUACCCUCCUUAUGGAAGGGACUUUGUCGAUCAUAAACCUACAGGGAGGUUUUGUAAUGGUAAAUUAGCCACCGACAUCACUGCUGAAACUCUGGGGUUUAAGAACUAUGCACCAGCAUAUCUUAGCCCAGAAGCAUCAGGGAAGAACCUACUUAUUGGAUCCAACUUUGCAUCUGCAGCGUCUGGUUACGAUGAGAACGCAGCUACGUUAAACCAUGCCAUUCCAUUGAGCCAGCAGCUGGAGUACUUCAAGGAAUACCAAAGUAAGCUGGGGAAUGUUGCUGGUAGCAAAUCGGCAUCAAUCAUCAAGGAUGCGCUAUAUCUUUUGAGUGCAGGGAGCAGUGACUUUCUUCAGAAUUACUAUGUCAAUCCAUACGUAAACAAACUCUAUACUCCUGAUCAGUAUGGCUCAUACCUUAUCGGUUCAUUCACAAGCUUUGUGAAGACCAUAUACGGAUUGGGGGCUAGGAAACUUGGGGUAACUUCACUCCCACCUCUGGGUUGCCUUCCAGCUGCCCGCACCAUAUUUGGAUACCACGAGAAUGGAUGUGUCGCAAGGAUCAACGCCGAUGCUCAGCAAUUCAACAAGAAGAUCAACUCAGCUGCAACAAGUCUCCAAAAACAACUACCUGGUCUUAAGAUUGUUAUCUUCGACAUCUUCCAACCACUCUAUGACGUUGUUAAAUCUCCUUCAAAAUAUGGUUUUAAAGAAGCAAGGAGAGGGUGCUGUGGUACAGGAACGGUGGAGACGACAAUAUUGUUGUGCAAUCCAAAAUCGCCAGGAACUUGCCCCAAUGCCACUCAGUAUGUGUUUUGGGACAGCGUCCAUCCAUCUCAGGCUGCUAAUCAGGUUCUUGCUGAUGCACUGAUCCUUCAAGGCAUCUCCCUCAUUGGAUGA